AUGAGACACUUAUUUGGACUUACAAGUAGGCCGAGCCAAGCUCCCAUUACAAAAUAUUACCUUUGCUUGAGCAUUAGAAAACAAGAAUGGCGCCGCUCAUUCACCAAUGUCACGAAGCUGUCAUUUUCUUUGAAACUCCCUUGUCUAGAAAAGGCUUCAAUCCAGAAUACUAUCAGAAGUUUAUCCAAACAUGUGGCUUAUAUAGCAUUAGGAAGUAAUCUAGGAGAUCGAGUCGAAUGGAUUGAAAAGGCGUGUAUUGAAAUGUCGAACCGAGGAAUAGACGUGAAGAGAACCAGCUCUUUAUGGGAAACAAAACCGAUGUACAUUACUGAUCAGGCCAACUUUUUGAAUGGUGUUUGCGAGGUAGAAACUACCCUACAGCCAAUCGAGCUUCUAGAUCAACUUCAAACGAUCGAAAAAGAACUAGGUCGUAAAAAGAUCAUUGAUAAAGGGCCUCGAAAUAUAGAUCUAGAUAUCCUACUAUAUGCUGAUGAUGUGAUCGACCAUUGCCGCCUUAAAGUCCCUCACCUUGGAAUAUAUGAGCGAGAAUUUGUCCUUAGACCCCUAUCAGAGCUGAUCUCACAAAGAAUUCUGGCUAAUUCUCGUGGAAAAACUGUCAAGGACUACCUCGAAGCUCUUCCUACUUCAGAAAUGUCGACUAUCACACCCCUAGCUCUAGGCCAAGAGCUUAUCCACAGUAUGAGAUCCGAUCGUCAAACCCAAAUGAUGGCCAUUGUGAAUCUCACUCCCGAUUCAUUCUCAGGUGAUAAACAAGGAAACGAUUUGAUCAAAAGGAAAGAAUUUCUCGCCGAUACCAUCUCCUGUGGUGCCUGUAUCAUGGAUUUUGGCGGACAGAGCAGCAAACCAUUUGCAGCCAAUGUUUCAUGCGAUGAAGAAAUAACGAGAGUUAUUCCAGCAAUCACAUGGGCUCAUAAUGAGCGUCAUAAGCACAAGUCCCGUCCUUUUGCCAUAAGUGUGGAUACUUAUCGCGCUGAUGUAGCUGAAGCUGCCGUUAAAGCUGGUGCAGAUAUAAUAAACGAUGUCUCUGGUGGGACUUUGGACGCACGAAUGCUUCCGACUGUAGCACGACUAGGAAAAACGGUUUGCCUCACGCAUAUGCGCGGAACGCCAAGCUCUAUGAACAGGCUCACGAAUUAUCCAGCAGGACUCAUUCCAACCAUAGCUUCUGAACUUCUUGAGCGAAUCUCGGCAGCAGAAGCCGCUGGCGUUCGACGCUGGCGUAUUAUUCUUGAUCCCGGAAUCGGCUUUGCCAAAACAGUCGAACAAAAUCUCGAUAUCCUUCGCGGGCUAAAUGAGCUAAGGAACUGGCCAGGGCUUAGAGGGUUUCCUUGGCUGGUGGGAACGAGUCGGAAAGGCUUUAUCGGGAAGAUUACAGGCGUCGAAGUGCCUCGUGAACGUACAUGGGGUACAGCGGCUACAGUUGCAGCCGCCAUAGCUGGAGGUGCUGAUAUUGUUAGAGUACAUGAUGUGAAGGAGAUGAUGCCAGUUGUUCGUAUGUCAAAUGCCAUUUGGCGGACUUAA